AAAUGCUGCCUGCACCAAGCGGCCUUCUCGCCGGACCAGGGGUCCCAGUCUGGAACGGGAAGCUGCUAGAAGGAUGUGAAGAGUCGGGAGCCGAGCUCCUUGGAAGUCCUUUUCUCAGGAUGCCCCAAAGACAUGUGGGUGGGAAUACGGAGGCUGAGAGGCAAAGACGCGGCCUUCGGGGAUCUGGGAGAAUAAACAAACAAACCAGUGUUUGGUAGCACUUGGGAUAGUAAGGAGGUCGUUUUGCUGUAGAGUCGACUAGGUCUGUUUUGGCUUGUGUUUACUUUGUCAAGAAGUAGAAAUUUCAGAAGUGAACACCGCCUUUCAGACCGCAUACUUCAUCUCCUGUUUGAAACACCCCGCUGGGAAGUGUCCCUUUAUUUUAUUUUUCUAAGUUGUCAUUUCCUUUAUGGACUGGGAAUGCCAUUGCCUGUUCACUCCCAGUGGGCUGUGAACAGUGGCAUUAAUUCUUCCAAGCGAAUGAAAUACAAAAUUUAGGGUCAAUGACAUUGCAAAACCAUCUACAACGGUUUUUGAAGAAAAUGAGAAUGGCACCUAAUCCCAUCAAGGUCAAGUUGACAUAUAGUCUUCCGGUCUUUUGUCUUUUUUUUCUAUGCGCACAUACUUCCUUUUUUUUGUCUUUCAUAGUAAUUGAAUUUUCCUCUACUUUUUGCUUUGUGACCUGCUUCUUCCACUUAGUGAACAAUUUUCUAUGCUUCAUGCAUAAAUUUUGUUUUACAUGGCGGUGUAGUAUUCCCUUGUAUGGGCAUGCCAUCAUUUACUGAAUUAAUUCCUUAUUGUUAGACAUUAGGUUGUUUCCGGUAUAUCGGUACUCUAAGCAGAAGUACAGUGACACCUUUUUAUUAUUUUCUUGAGACAGAGUAUCUAAAAUGAAAUUAUUAAGUUGAAGGGAUGCAAGAUUUUAAGGCUUUUGAUAGUAAUGUCAAAAUUGCCUUCAGAAAGUACAUGAAUUUGCACUCAGAAGCUCUGCUUCCAACGUAAAAGAAAAACUUUCCAUCAUACAGCCUUUUUUUCCCUCCUUAGCUCUGAGACCCCUUGUACAAUGACUCAAGCAGAAAUUAAACUUUGUUCUUUGUUGCUGCAAGAGCAUUUUGGAGAGAUCGUAGAAAAAAUUGGAGUCCAUCUAAUCAGAACUGGCAGCCAGCCAUUGAGAGUCAUUGCCCACGACACAGGGGCAUCGCUGGAUCAGGUCAAAAAAGCCCUUUGUGUGCUCAUCCAGCAUAACCUGGUGAUCUAUCAAGUGCACAGACGUGGUGUAGUGGAGUAUGAAGCCCAGUGCAGCCGGGUCUUGCGGAUGCUCCGGUAUCCCCGGUACAUCUAUACUGCCAAAACACUGUACAGUGACACUGGAGAGCUCAUUGUUGAGGAGCUGCUGUUGAAUGGCAAAAUGACAAUGUCAGCUGUUGUGAAGAAAGUGGCAGACCGCCUUACAGAGACUAUGGAGGAUGGGAAGACCAUGGACUACUCUGAGGUAUCAAACACCUUUGUGCGACUAGCAGACACCCACUUCGUGCAGCGUUGCCCCUGGGUGCCUGUUACUGAGAAUUCAGACCCUGGGCCACCCCCACCUGCCCCCAUUCUUGUCAUCAGUGAAAAGGACAUGUACUUGGUUCCUAAACUGAGCCUGAUAGGGAAAGGUAAAAGGAGAAGGUCAUCUGAUGAGGACGCCGCUGGAGAGCCCAAGGCCAAAAGACCCAAACACGGCACAGAUCACAAAGAGCCCAUUCCAGACGAUGGGAUUUACUGGCAGGCCAACCUUGACAGAUUCCACCAGCACUUUCGUGACCAAGCCAUUGUCAGCGCGGUGGCCAACAGGAUGGACCAGACCAGCAGCGAGAUCGUGCGGACUAUGCUCCGGAUGAGUGAGAUUACCACUCCCUCUUCUGCUCCCUUCACCCAGCCGCUGUCUUCCAAUGAGAUCUUUAGGUCCCUACCUGUUGGCUAUAACGUCUCUAAACAAGUUCUCGAUCAGUAUCUCACUCUCCUGGCAGAUGACCCGCUAGAGUUUGUUGGAAAGUCUGGCGACAGUGGUGGAGGAAUGUAUGUCAUCAACCUGCAUAAAGCUCUAGGAUCCCUAGCCACAGCCACUCUGGAGUCUGUCGUGCAGGAGAGGUUUGGGUCUCGCUGUGCCAGAAUAUUCCGUCUAGUUUUGCAGAAGAAACACCUGGAGCAGAAACAGGUAGAAGACUUUGCAAUGAUUCCAGCAAAGGAGGCAAAGGAUAUGCUUUAUAAGAUGCUGUCAGAAAAUUUUAUGUCACUCCAGGAAAUUCCCAAAACCCCAGACCAUGCCCCAUCCAGGACCUUCUAUUUAUACACUGUGAACAUCCUGUCAGCUGCGCGGAUGUUGCUGCACAGGUGCUAUAAGAGCAUUGCCAACUUAAUAGAAAGGAGACAGUUUGAAACCAAAGAGAACAAGCGUCUGCUAGAAAAGUCUCAGAGGGUGGAAGCCAUCCUUGCAUCUAUGCAGGCUACAGGUGCAGAGGACGCACAGCUCCAGGAAAUAGAGGAGAUGAUCACAGCCCCUGAACGCCAGCAGUUAGAAACCCUGAAGCGUAAUGUGAACAAGUUGGACGCCAGUGAGAUCCAGGUAGAUGAAACCAUCUUCCUUCUGGAGUCCUAUAUUGAGAGCACUAUGAAGAGACAAUGACACAGAAGAUGAGCCUUCCUCAAGAAGUCUGAGGAGAUUGGAAGGAAAACUGAAGGCGGUGCCUGAUGCAUUU